CACUUCUAAAUACGAUUUGGGCAUGAAUCCGUACAAUCGCGGUUGCUGUGUCAAUUGGUGGCGUGUGUUUUGUUCAGCCGAAAAUCCAAUAUUGAUUCGAGAACGUAGUGGUCCGUCCAAUCCGAGCAAUUUUGAAUUGGCUGGUAACGGAGAGCGGUCUCUGGUGUACCGGGUGAACCCAGGACCUAAUGUAGCGCAUUAUACAUCAAAUCAACAUGCAUCAGAGACCGGAAUUCAGCCGCCUACUUCUAUCCCCGUGACUUCUUUGCCUGGGGCUCCUAUUCCGGUUAUAAAUGAUUCGUUGAACGGUUUAAGGCUCGCCACAGUUACUGGCCAAAUGCCGCAAACCACCGCACAUUUCGCGAGUGCCGAUCCGAUAUCGCUUACAUCAAAGAGCAUGGCUGAAACAAGUACCGAACAACCUCCAAAUUCAACUGACACUACGCGUUCUACAACUGUUUCACCGGGUCACCCAACAGAUUAUGGCAAAUUGGGUGUGACUGACACCGAAAUUGCAGCGUCUCUGCCAACCGACGGUUCUGGCCACCCCCAGUCUAUCAUACCACUGACCAAAGAAAAGGGUAAAAAGAGUGGUAUCCCGCGUGAAGAACCGCUACAGAGUUUUCAAUCUACAAACACCAUGUCAGGCCCCGGCAUCCAGGCUACUCACUUCUCUAAUGCCUCAAGUAUGUCCACUGGUCGUAUGGAUCCUCGUUCAGGCUAUUACUCCAUAGCCGGUGACCAGACUACUCCGCUUUUGGCAAACCAUAGUGGGAUGGACAGAGUUGUCAGCGGAAGGCAGUUCAAAAAGCAGCCCAGUUCAUUCCAGUUGACUAAUGAAUCUCAACCUAUCUACUCACAGGCGCACCGUGAUUCUCUGGGACCUAACACAACUUUCACACCUCGUCCGCCGUCACAUGGUUUACCAUUACAAGCUUACGGUCUGGGGCGCAGUUCUUCUCGUGAUCUAUCACAAGUAAUGGGUCUGUCCGAAGCAUCUAAACAAAUUAAAAUGAUCCCUCCUUAUCCCUCUGCAUCAUUGUCCAACCUGCGAGAAAAGUCGCACGCUUCAGCCCCCAUGCCGUAUCUUUCGGUACUCACGGAUUCCGGUUCAAUCCCAUCUUCCACCGGUGAUCGUCAAGCAGCUCAUCGUGUUAUGCUGACUGAUCCAUAUGCUUCUAAGCCCAAACUCCAGCCGCCUUCGCCCAAAACGCGGUCCCGAUCAGCGGGUGCCUUUCCACUGCCGGAAAUUCCAGACCAUAGAGCGAAUCCAGUUUCCGGGAAAUCAUAUGGUACACCGCAGUUAGUUCCUUUACCUAGUAACAUUUCUUUGAAGACUACUGGGCGCUCUGUUAUCGGUGAUCCUCGUAGACCGACUAACCAGACCAUUGCGCCCUACCAAGCGGGUCUGCCAGUUUCAAUGGGUCACGUGGUGAUGCAGAAACCGGUCACUUCAAGAACUGGUCAGUCUACCAAUCAGAACCCUUCCAUUCAGAUGCCUCACGGGCAGUCGCAAGACACUAACAUCGCGACUUCUUGGCCUCCUGUUGUGCCCCCUCAUGGUCCCACUGAUUAUCGCUCCCUACGAAUUAUGGCAUCUAGCCUUUACGAUGAUUUGGAUGUGUUAGAUGGAACACCUUUGGAUCAGACGGAGUCCAAUGCGUCUGCCCCGUUGGUUGGUCUGCGUGUGGCACAAAACUGGAACUCUGGAGAUUCCACUACCCCGGCGCUCUAUGGACCCGGGGCGACCAGUUCCACUGCAAACACCAGGUGA